CCGAUGUUCGCGGCUCGCAGUGCCAGGCAACCUCCCGCCAAAAACAGCUGUCACUCUUAAAAUUUUCUUUUUAGAAAAAAAAAAUGAGUGCGCUCAUCCUCAUUGCAUUCGUCGCCUUAGUCGUAUACAAACUUUUUUCACGGAAAACAGUAGCGUGGAGAAAGGAGGCCAAAUAUGGCGGCGCACAGGUCGCGGUUUUGGAGCGGGCUCCAGGGCCCGUUCCGUUUCCAGUGGUGGGAAGUUUACAUCUGCUCGGUAAAAGCGAAUCGCCUUUUCAGGCGUUUACGGAGCUAGCUAAGACGUACGGGGAUGUUUUUAGUAUAACGUUGGGGUCGUCGCCGUGCCUCGUGGUCAAUAGUUUGGAUAGGAUCAAGGAGGUUUUGAACCAGAACGGCAAGUUUUUCGGGGGACGGCCGGAUUUCAUGCGGUUCCACCAACUCUUCGCUGGCGACCGGAAUAACUCUCUGGCGCUCUGCGAUUGGUCAAAUCUUCAGCUGCGCAGACGCAACCUAGCCAGAAGCCACUGCGGGCCGAAACAGCACACCGCCAACUACGCACAGAUCGGCAACGUCGCAACUUUCGAAGCCGUCGAGCUCAUCAACACCCUCAAACAAGUCACCAGCUCCACUCAAUCAGCUAUCAAACUCAAGCCCUUCCUUAUGGCGUCAGCUAUGAACAUGUUCACCCACUACAUGUGUAACGUCAGAUUCGACAGCGAAAACGACAAGGACUUCAGGAGAAUCGUCGACCACUUCGACGAGAUUUUCUGGGAGAUCAACCAGGGAUACGCCGUCGAUUUCCUCCCGUGGCUGUCCCCGUUCUACAAGAAGCACAUGGACAAGCUCUCCAACUGGUCUUCGGACAUCAGGUCCUUCAUUCUGUCCCGGAUCGUUGAGCAGCGCGAGAUGAACUUGGAAACCGAUGGUCCAGAAAAAGAUUUCCUUGACGGUCUGCUUAGAGUGCUCCACAACGAUAGCACAGUCGACAGGAACACCAUCAUUUUCAUGCUGGAAGACUUCCUCGGGGGUCACUCUAGCGUCGGCAACCUGGUCAUGCUGUGUCUGGCCGCUGUCUGCAGAGAUCCUGAGAUCGGGAAGAAGAUCCGAGCUGAAAUAGACGGCGUCACCAAAGGUAAGCGACCGGUGAGUCUGCUGGACAGGAAGAACCUUCCAUACACUGAAGCCACCAUUCUCGAGUGCCUCAGGUACGCGUCUUCCCCCAUUGUGCCGCACGUGGCUACCGAGAACGCUGCCGUGGCCGGCUACGGAGUGGAGAAGGGAACCAUUGUCUUCAUCAACAACUACGGGCUGAACAAAUCGGAGAAGUACUGGAAUGAGCCGGAAAAGUUUGACCCUUCCAGGUUUCUGGAGAAGAGCAAGUUCCGUAUGCGAAGGAAUUCCCUCUGCGACUCUGGAAUGGAGUCCGAUGGUGAGCGAACGGGCCCUCUGAACAAGGUCACUGAGUUGGAGAAGGAAGUUCUGUCAGUGAAGAAGAAUAUUCCUCAUUUCUUCCCCUUCAGCAUCGGUAAGAGGACGUGCAUAGGGCAGACUCUGGUGACAACCAUGAGCUUCAUCAUGUUCGCAAACAUAGUCCAGGAGUUCGAAGUCGCGGCGGAGAACUUGGAUGAUCUGAAACAAAAGCCGGCGUGUGCUGCUCUCCCGAAAGAGACUUUUGGUCUGUACCUGGUUCCCAGGAAACGCUAAACUCAAAUUAGUAGAUUUACUUUGUAGAUAACUUACCUGGAUAGCUGUGCCGUGUUUUUGUUCUCGAAAAAACUAAAUAAUUCAUCUCAAUGCCAAUGUUUUCAAAAUCGUUGCAAAUCCCGUUUUGGUGUCCCACAAAGGGGCUAUCUAGGACCCGUGUUGUUUACUGCAUAUUUUAGCAGAUAUAGCUCGCAAGAACAUGGCACAAUAGCUAGACAGUCGCUCAAAACGUUAUUUAUUUGGUUGAAUGAUUGAAUUUCUAAUUUAUUGUGAUCCCGUUUAGUCCGAUCUGUCUGUUAUACAAAUUUGAGAAUACAAAGUGUGUAUUGCAUUAUGCAUCUGACACAACAGUGUUUUUUGUAUUUGGUAUAUUAAGUUGUGGUUCGGAUUUAAAUAUUAAGCUUUGUAUCCCCUGUUUUGAAUUAGUUUAGCGGAUAUUGCGACAGAAACAUUAAUAAUUGAAAUAGAAUUUAGCACAUUUGGAGCGCACGUUGUCAGUUGAAUAGCGAUAGUGGAAACUUGACUGAAAAAUUACAUUUUUGGUAAAAUAAAACGUGAGUACUUUACGUGUUAUUUUUAGUUUUUAAACGACUGUUUUACGUUUGUUGGAUAUCGAUUUUAGGGUGGAGUUUCGGAGUUAACAUUCACAAAAGUUUUGCAUUUAAUUUUGUAAAUUUUUGAUAAAUAAUUAAGUAGUGUAAGUAGUUCAGAUUUUUUUUAUUUAGAAAGUUCCUCUCUCCUUGUUUUAUACGUUAUAACAAUUAUUUUGUAACUUUUAUAGGGAACCUUUACGCUUACUUAAAUUAAAGUAGAUCAAGAAAAACUUUCGCGAGCAAUGAAAAAGUUCCAGUGACAUAGCACAGCACCAAAUCUGGAAUACUGAAGUACAUUUACCCUACAUCAUUUAAGUUUAUUGAAUGUAACUUACUACGUACAGUGGUCCAGGAAGAGCGGGGUCUC